AUGGCCUUAGGAGUUACAUAUGUUACAAGCGAUGCCCAAACACUUCCAGUCCUCCCAAUACUUGGUAUGGGGGGACUAGGAAAGACCACUCUUGCCCAAAUGAUCUUCAAUGAUCAGAGAGUUACUGAGCAUUUCAAUCUAAAGAUUUGGGUUUGUGUCUCGGAUGAUUUUGAGGAGAAGAGGUUGAUAAAGACAAUUGUAGAAUCUAUUGAAGGAAAGUUAGUCACUGACAUGGACUUGGCUCCACAUCAAAAGAAGGUUCAGGAUUUGUUGAAUGGAAAAAGAUACUUGCUUGUUUUGGAUGAUGUUUGGAAUGAAAAUCAAGGAGAGUGGGAUAACAUAAAAGCAGUCUUAAAGGUUGGAGCACGAGGUGCUUCUGUUCUGGUCACUACUCGUCUUGAAAGGGUUGGAUUAAUUAUGGGAACUUUGCAACCAUAUGAAUUGUCAAAUCUGUCUCAAGAAGAUUGUUGGUCAUUGUUUAUGCAACGUGCAUUUGGACAGGAAAAAGAAAUAAAUCCUAACCUUGAGGCUAUCGGAAAGGAGAUUGUGAAAAAAUGUGGUGGUGUGCCUCUAGCAGCCAAGACUCUUGGAGGUAUUUUGCGCUUCAAGAGAGAAGAAAGAGAAUGGGAACAUGUGAGAGAUAGUGAGAUUUGGAAUUUACCUCAAGAUGAAAGGUCUAUUAUGCCUGCCCUAAGGCUUAGUUAUCAUCAUCUUCCACUUGAUUUGAGACAAUGCUUUGAGUAUUGUGUGGUAUUCCCUAAGGACACCGAAAUGGAAAAACAAAGCCUUAUCUCUCUCUGGAUGGCGCAUGGUUUUCUUUUAUCGAAAGGAAACUUGGAAAACUGCUCGUGCUUACCACCCUUUGGUGAUCUGCCUUGUCUAGAAAGUCUAGAGUUACAGUUGGGACCUGCGGAGUAUGUUGAAGAAGUGGAUAUUGAUAUUCAUCUUAGGACUCUUACUACCCGCAAUAUUAGGGAAAGCGAAGAAGCUACUUCACUCCCAGAAGAGAUGUUCAAAAACCUUGCAAAUCUCAAAGACUUGAAAAUCUCUAACUUCAAGAAUCUCAGAGAGCUGCCUACCAGCCUGGCUAGUCUCAAUGCUUUGAAGAGUCUGAAAAUUCAUAUGUGUGACGCACUAGAGAGUCUCCCAGAGGAAGGGGUGAAAGGUUUAACUUCACUCACUGAGUUGUAUGUCUGUUACUGUAAGAUGCUAAAACGUUUACCUGAGGGAUUGCAACACCUAACAACCCUCACAAAUUUAGGAAUUUGGGGAUGUCCAGAAGUGGAAAAGCGGUGCGAGAAGGGAAUUGGAGAAGACUGGCACAAAACUGCACACAUUCCGUAUCUGAAAAUAUAUUCCUAA